GUCCAUAUAAUGGAGAUAAAGCCAAAGUCUUAAAGGAGAGAAAGCUUGUUCUUCACAUUCAUCCUCACUCCCAUUGCUCCUUCCAAGUUCUAAUCGAGCACCACUAUCCACACACACAGAUCUGAAACCACCUAAAUGCUCCCCCAAGAUCUCAUAACCGAGAUCCUCCUACGCCUCCCCGUCAAGUCCCUCCUCCGCUUCAAAUGCGUCUCCAAGCAGUGGCUCUCUCUCAUCUCCAGCCCCCAGUUCCGCCACCACCGCCGCAGCCUCACCUCCUCCGGCCUCAUCUUGUGUCGAACAACCGACCUCAUCCACCACAUAUCACUACUUGGAAGCAACAACUCCGACCAGCCCUUCACUUCCCUCAGCUUCGUUCAUGACUCGGCAGGUAUCAAAAUCCUUCAGUCCAGCCAUGGCUUGCUUUUGUGCCGCAGCCUUUACAAACUGGGUAAAACCUGCAGCUAUUAUAUCUGCAAUCCUUCAACAAAGAAAUUCUCAGUUCUUCCUCAUUAUAGUGCUGAACCGGAUUAUGUAUCCGGGUCGGAAUCCAUUACUAUUUCUGGUGUUUAUUUAGUUUUCAAUCCCACUAAGUCACCUCACUACCAAGUUGCCCGCAUUCGAAUGUGUUCUUCCUCAUUCAAUAGCUACCAAGUUGAGAUUUACUCAUCUGCGACUCGGGCUUGGAGGCUUUCCGGGUCUCCUUUCGACGCCCCUUUCGACAUGGUGUUUGACAAUGGGGUGCUUUGGAAUGCUGCAAUACACUGGAUCAGUCCAACUGGGGCGUCGUUAUGCUUUGAUAUUGAUCAAGAACGCAUUGGAACAAUGCCUGGUCUUCCGUCAAAUGAGAAAUGGAGCAGGAGAAGGUUGAGGUAUUUCGGCGAGUCUGGUGGGCAUUUGCACUUAACUGAAAUCCAUGGCUGCACCUCUCAAUUCCAAGUCUUUGAGAUGGAGAGAGAUUACUCUAGCUGGGUUCCCAAGUACAAUGUCGAUCUUGCACCAGUUGUAGAUGCAUUUCCGGAGAUGGUUCGGAACUGCAUUUUCCGUAAUGAUUCUGUUUCUUAUGCAUUUAGUCUACUCUGUUUGCAAGAGGAUGAAGAUGACUCAUUGCUGUUGCUGCACAUUCCUGGUAAGUUUGUAUCAUAUAGUCUUAGGAAUAGGACAUUCAAGUUGCUUGGUUCAAUAUCCAAGGAAUCAAAUACUGCAUUGCAGGUUGGAUGUUUCCAUGCUUAUCAGUUUAUGGAGUCUUUGGCUGGUGUCUGAUCAGUACUUAUAAACUUAGGGUGAUGCAUGUUUUCCCCAUAUUUCCCCAUAUUUUUUUUCUAGUCUGAGUUUGUGCAUUGUAAGGCAAUGGAUGUCCUGGACUUUAAUAUAUAAUGAAAACCCUGUUCAAUUUUAAA